UGAUGCUCUUGGGAUCUUCUUUUUGCUCUGGCCCGCGAGAUCCGUACCGUCGAUCAGCGGAAAUGGCGUUGCGGGAAUUUCUUUCUUCAUACUAUGUGCAGUACUCCGGUGGGUUGGGGCUGCUGGCUUGGCGGCUGGAGGUAGGCUUUACUUCCAAUAUCUAUCUUGGGGUGUAGACUUGCUCUUUGGUAGCACUUGGUGGAAGUGAGAGUUGAUUAACAGGCAUACCGUAGCUUUGAGGGGUUGUUGACGCAGGCUGCAUUCUGAGGGUUUGUCUACAUGGUCUUCAAGGGUCUCCGAUGGAUCUUUCAGGGUGUACUGCUGCGCGUUUCGAGAGUAAUUCUCGAAGUGCAAGAGCUAUGGGAGUGUUAUCAGGAGGUAUCUUGAUGCUUCUUUACGGUGCAAUGGCUGAUGGUAUGGCAGUUCGCUCGUUGGACCUAUGCACGAGAACGCAUGGAUCUGCAGUAUAGCCGACAAGUAAAUCAUGAUCUUGACCCAAGAGCUGCAAUCCAAUCCAGUGGAAAUCCUUCAAGCCCUCUACGCGCGGGGAAAGCUCUGAAAGCUUCUGGU